AAAUGCAAUAAUGUAAUAAUAGGUUAUUUAGUGGAUCAGGAGACUUGUAAAUAAACCAAUUUUUUAAAAUGGGUGCGAACGACACUUGCCAAUUUAUAUUAGAACGUAUUAAUGUUCCGCAUACAAUUGUGCUUGAUCAACCAGAACAUACAUACACUUGUGGCAGAGCCAAAGAUAAUCAAAUAAUAUGCCAUAGUUUGACAGUAUCUCGGCGUCAUUGUAUCUUUUUUCGUAGCAAAAAUGAAUUAUAUGUUACAGAUUUAAAGAGUGCAAAUGGUUUAUUUAUAAAUGGAAUUCCUCAAGAACCUUUUCAAACAACUAAAUUGUAUCCAAAUGAUGUUAUUGGCAUUGGUUGUCCAAAUGUUGAUAUUACAGACAAUAUUAUGUAUGCAUAUAAAUUGCAUGCAAUUGCUCAGCCACAAAUUGGAGGAGAAAAUCAGAGUAUUGAUACAUUUUCAGAAACUGUAUUAAAUUUUGAAAACACAUGUAGUGAUAAAUCUGAUAACAUAAUUAAACGUAAAAGAGAAGAAAAAAAUCAAGAUAUAAAAAUUUUACCAAGCAAAAUUCCUAAGUUAGAAGGUGAAAGUUGCAUCCUUGAAAAAAAUUCUUUAAAAGAGAAAUGUAAAACAACAGAUGAAAAUGAUAUUGAAAUAAUUCAUGUUUCACUGAAUAGUAGUUUACCAGGUGAAAAUGACAAAAAUUGUAACUUUACAAAGAAAAUUGAAUUAAAUAAUAAAUUAAAUGUAAAGGAUCAUAUAGACAUUAAUAUGUACGAAUCAAGUAGCAAUAUAAAUAAAAGAAAAGCUAACAAAAAAGAAAUUUCAGUUACUCAUAAAAGUAAGAAGGAAUCUCAAGAGAUUCAAAAUCAUACUGAAAAUGAUUUAUUGCAUACUAAAGGUAUAGAGAGUAGCAUAAGCAAUUUUUAUAAUUUUGAAUCUAAGAAUAUAGUAAAGAAUAAUAAUGCAGAGAUAAAUUUUGAUUUAAAAAACAAUUCAAAAGAAAAUACAAAAGGCAAUAAUACAAUAAAUAAUACUAUAAAUGAAAUUAAAAAGCCAAAUUCAGUUAAUAAAGCAAAUGAAUUUAUUGUUGAAAAUAACAGUGAAAAUUUAUCGCUAUUGCCUUUAAAUUUUGUACAUAAUGAAUAUGGUAUGAUAAAAAUGGAAGAUGAAUUGCAAUUAACUGAUACUGAUGAAAAAGCUAUUUUAAAUUCCUCAAAUACAAAUUUAGUUCCAUUUGUGUCUCCGAUAAAGUUAAAGAAAAUACAGGAAGAACCAAAAACAAAAUUUUCAGAAGAUGAUGUAGUAAAUUUAAGCGAUAGUGAAGAUGAUAUUUUUCCAUGCUCUCAAUUGUUUGAUGUUGGAUAUGGUAUGAAUACAUCUAUAAAAGAUGAAAUUAAAGAAGAACCUAUAGAAGCGGAAAAUGAAGGAUUUGGUAUAGUCGAUGAUGCGGAUUUAGUUAUUUCAUUAACAGAUAGUGAAGAUGAAGAUAAUAAUUGGUUGCACAGGUUAUCUCGAAGUCAAAUAUUGAAUGAAAAUGAUGAAAUAGAUGUAGACAGGAAGAAUGAUAUAAAAAAGGAAAACAUUUAUACAGAAACUGUCGAUAUUGAAAAAACAAUUCCAAAUAAAUUUGAAUUAAAUAAUGAUAUAAAAAUUAAUAUAGAUGACGAAAAAGAAGCAGAAAAAUCUACAAAUAGAGAGCAAAAUACAUUGUUGCAAGGUGUGAAAAAUUUAAACAAAAUAUUUUCAUCUGAAGGUUCUCCAGAGAGAAUGGAAGUUGAUUUUGAAGAUCACACUGCAAAAUUAGUAGAAACUUCUAAUGAUAUAAGCAGUACUAAGAAACAUUCUGUAUUACCAAAAAAUCAGAGUUUGCUUCCAAUGCAUAAAGAGACAGAAAAUGAUAUCAAUACUUUGAGUGACAAUAAAGCAGAAACUACAUCUACAAAGAAAAAAAAAUUACUUGAAAAGAAAGUACCUCAAAUUGAACCACCACACUUGCCUACCAGAAGACGAAGCAAUAGUUCUAGUAAAAUUCAACAAAUUUCUGAAAAAACUGAAAAGUCUGGGAAAUCACAUAAAAAGAAAUUAAGUACAAAAGAAAAGAAAGAACAACAACAAAAAUUAAAGGUAGAACGAUAUUUACACGCGAAAGAACAAAAAAAUCGUAAAGUAAUUCAUAAAUGGGCUGAUUGUCUUCCUCCUAGGAAAAAAAGAUCAGGUAAUCUUUCUAAGGAAGAAAAAAAAGCAUUGUCAGACAGUAGAAAAAUGAAAUUAAAGAAACUUGCAAUGGACGAAAAACAAACGUCUUUAGACGAUAACCAUGAAAAGAAACGUAUUGUUUCUAAACCAAAAGCAAAAAUAACAGCAAAGACUCGAAAUGAUUUUCUCGUCGAGGAGACCAUCUCUGCAACUAAAUCGGAAAAUGUAACAGAGAAAUCUAAGACUACGUCUAGUCGAUCUGCAUCGGCAAAUGAUACUUCUCCAAACUUCAAGAUAACUAAUUCUUCAAAACAUAAAAACAUUUCUAAAGAAAUAACAAUGCAUUUGCAGCAUAAAUUAACCCUUAAUGAUAUUUCAAGUUUAGGUAAGAUCCCUAAAAUAUCUAGUACUACCAAGAUAAAAGCAAACACUGCGGAAGCCGAAGCGGCGUUAAAAGACCUUUCAUUAGAAAAAAAAGUGGAUAAGGUAAUUGAAAUGAAAGAUAGUGAAUUAAAAAGUAAAUCAAACACAGAGUCUCUCAAAUCUAUCGAGAAAGAAUCUUUGGUACCUUUUAAGUCAAAUAUUAAAUCACCAAUCCCCAAAUCGAAAAAACGAGUGUCUUUUUCUGCGGUGAUUCAAACUGUACGUGAAUAUGAAAUUGAUGAAUUAAAUGUCUUAAAAAAAAUAACGGGAAAAGAUGCACCAAUACCUCUAGAAAAAGUUGCGGUAAAGAAGCCAAGAAAUAUUGUAGAAUCUAAUGCAAAAUGUAAUCACUUUUUGUGGCGCAUUUUAUGCUGGAAUCCAGUGUGGUUAGAAGUACAGCAAUAUUUGAAUCAAGAUGCACCUGUUAUACAGCCUGAAGAACUUAAUGUGAUGUUAACUCAUUAUAAAUCAUAUGAUGAGUAUUAUAAAAUUAUAAGUCCACUUUUGUUGCUAGAAAUUUGGCAUGGAAUCACUAAAGAAUUUCAGAGUACAGAUCAUAAGUAUAAACGACCCACAUUCAUGUGUUCAGUAGUUGAAAACUCUAUUCAAACAAACAUAGUUCCAAACAAUAUAUUUUUUACAACAUUGAUGCUCGAAAUAUUAGCUACGGAAGAAGAUAUACGAAGGCAAAUUCAUCCUGUUUAUGGAGAUCUUGUAUUUUUUGAGUAUGCUCAAAAUCAUAACAAAGGACAGUCCUUCUACAAAGUGUUUGCAUAUGUUACUAAUGUGUAUUCAACAGUACUAACGCCUUUAACUCGUUUUAAUAAAGAUUUACAACAUUAUGUAAAAAAUCCUUAUACAUUAUUAACAUAUACUGUGACAACAAAACAUUUUGAUAAAAGUAUUCCAGUAAACCGAGUUCAAAGAUUAAGGGCUGUUGUUUGUUUGCGUCCUAGUUUACGAAUGGUUCAAGCACUACAGUAUCUUCCUAAUUCACCACUAGUAAACUUAAUCAUAAGUCCAAAAUUAGAAAUGUACCAGUUACCAAUUGUUUCUGAAUUAGAGACAUUGAUUACUGGAGAUAAAUUAAAUCAGAAACAACUAGAAGCUGUGAGCAAGGUAACCAAAGCCGUAGUUCAAAAGGAUACCAAACUGUGCUUUAUACAAGGACCACCAGGUACCGGGAAAUCGAAAGUUAUUGUAAAUAUAGUUACCCAGAUAUUAUACGGAAAUAAUAGGUAUACAAAUAAUGGAAGUUCCUUCAAGAUGUUAGUGUGUGCUCCAUCAAAUGCUGCCAUUGAUGAAAUUGUUUUAAGAUUAUUGCACAUACGAGCUGGUAUAAAACAGAAGGCAAAGAUAAAACCAUUUAAAAUGGUUCGUAUUGGACGAUCAGAAAUGAUGCAUCCAACAGUAAAAGAUAUUUCUGUUACUGAGUUGGCAAAACGAGAUAUUAGGAAAACAGGCAAUACAAGUAAUAUUUCAUCUGAUAGCAUAGAAAAUGAAAAGUUGCUUUUACAAUCUAAGAUGAACGCCCUUCAGUGUGAACUGACUAACUCUCAUAGUGUAGAUGAAGUUUAUAAACAGCAUAUUAGAAUGAAACUGGCAGAAAUGGCUACAAAAUAUGAAUUACUAAAGAAUCGCAGAUCAUCAAACGAAAUAAAUGAAAAAAGCAAAGAAAAUAUGAGAUUACAACGUACAACAGAAAACAGAAUUCUUGAACAUGCAGAUAUAAUCACCUGCACCCUUUCAUCGUGUUAUACUAGUCAAAUGGAAUCUAUUUUUGGUAUCAACAAGAAAAGGAUAUCUGUGUGUAUUGUGGACGAAGCUACUCAAAGUUGUGAAGCAGAAUCUCUAAUACCAUUGAUGUUAGGAAUUAAUAUAUUAAUUUUAGUUGGUGAUCCUAAUCAAUUACCUGCCACUAUUUUGAGUACACAAGCAAAGAAAUAUGGAUUGGAUCAAUCUAUUUUUUCACGGGUCCAAAAUGCCUUUGAAUUACAACCAAAUAAUCCAAUAAUCAUGUUAGAUACUCAAUAUCGAAUGCAGCCCGAUAUUUCUUCUUGGCCAAAUAAAUUUUUUUAUGGUGGCAAGUUAAAAAAUGCAACUAAACAGGAAAAGAAGUUUCCUUUUUAUGCAUAUCGAAUUCUAAAUUUAAAUACAAAUCAGAAUAAUGAUAACUCGAACGAUGGAGAAGCGGACUUUGUAGCUAAUAUUAUUUAUUGUAUGUUAACUUUUGCUGAUUUGGAUAAUUGGGAAUCGUAUAUUUCGUGUGGUAUUCUUACGCCAUAUAAUAAUCAAAAAUCUGUAAUAUUAACAAAAAUUAGUGAAAAAACUUCGUCAUUACCAGAGAAUAUUAAAAAGAAAAUGAAGAUUGAGGUGAAUACAGUAGAUGGUUUUCAAGGACAAGAAUGUGAUAUAAUAAUUAUGUCGUGUGUACGGAGUCGAAAGAUUGGAUUUCUAUCAGAUAGACAAAGGCUCUGUGUUGCUCUUACGAGAGCAAAACAUAGUCUAAUAAUGUGUGGUAACUUUAACAUUUUUAUGAGAUAUCCAAUGUGGAAUUCAUUGUUAUCAGACGCAAAGUCGCGCAAAGUAUUUUUUAAUGUUAAUCCCAAUGCAAAUUCACAUGAAAUCAAAUCAUAUAUCAUUAAGCGUAUGGCAAGAAAGUAA